AGAUAGACCAACGUAGGACCUCGUAUAAAAGAAUCAUGAGUAAGAAAGAAUCUAGCACAAUGAAAAAUACGCAGGGAAGCUUAUCUUUAUCCCGAUAGUAGAUAAGUAAAAAUCAAACCUCGUGAUAAAAUUUGACUAGUUUCCGCACUUCAAUUGAUUGUUGUAGGAAAAAAUGAAGAAAGUAAACCGUUCUGCUCUCAGGCCGCACAGCGGCCGUGUGAAGUACCACUGGAGCAGCAGAACUACACUUCGCAGCUGCUUCCCGUUCGUCUCUUUGAUGCAGCAGUAUUUAUUUUUUCACGGAGUUGGCGUCGUUUGCGUUUCUUCAUCUUCACCACGUGGCGAAAAUCAAUCUCCAAGUGUCGCCGUGCGAGCGAGUGAAGAUCGUGCUGAUUUUUGUACCGAAUCUAGUAAAAAUAGAACAGGCGUUCUUCUCCAACAACCGAAGGUGGUUUGGAAAGAAUUUUCCUGCGUUGAUGACAAACAUAAGGGAGACGGGGACAGUGACGGGCCUCGUUCUUUUAGGUGCGUCGUCCAGGUCGAAGCUGAGAAGAAGCCGACUGGAUGGCGAGUAGUCUCUGACCCUAUGCAAGUGGUGCACGAGGCAGGCAGUCUUAUCUUUUUAGCGCCUCUAGUACCGCGUGAUACUCGCUGGAAUCCACGAGGGACCGUGCGUGCCUACAAUGAUGGUAAAGGGGUGACGCAGGUUGUCAUUGUGGGACAUGAGCACUGUGAGCGAAAAGAGAGUGAAUCGUCACGACUGCACAGCAGCACCCCCUCAUCAAGUAGUACAGCCAGUAUUUGGGACAGACACAGAACAACUUCUAAUUCGAGUUGUACGAGGAAUACAGACCACGCGGCAAGGGAGGUAGAGUAUAUGUUAGAUCACACGCUAAUGGCCAACAAGAACACAACAGCGACGUAUACUGGGUCUUCUAGCUGCGGAGGUGCAGGUUCAAUUCCGUUUCCGAUGUCUACCCAGAGCUAUGGAGACAUGGUCACGCAUGAUUCAGCUAGAAGUGCAUCUGCAUCUAAAGGUGCUUCUAGUCAAGCUCUAUUACUUCCCAGUGGCCUGGAAGGUCUGCAGGGAACCGUAAGAGAACCUCAGAUGAAGGGAGCAGAAUUCUUAGGAGUAAGACUACCCCUCGGCGAUCGUAAUACUGACCCCUCGGCGGAAAUGAACACACGGCCGUUGGUGAAAUUAAGGAGAUGAAGAUGUUUUGAACAUCAGAUUUAUUUUCACCUUCACGAAAGGAGGAUCGGUACAGUAAUGAUGGUGGUUUUAGUUGGGAGUGGAGGAAGGAUGUGCCUAACAUGGCAUGUUGAGGCAAAGUUAACAUUUUCAUUUUCAAUGUUUUAAACAGUGAUCACAACUCAAACCAGCUCUAAGAAUAUCUUUGACCCUCAGCAGUAGGGGAGUGAAAUCCUCGAGUAGCGGCGAAAAGGACACAUCGUCACAGGAAACGCAGCAAUGUCGACGUCUCUGCACCUUACGCCUCGUCGAAUGGACUCCUGGCGCCCUGACAGAUUGUACCAUCCCACCUGAGACCUUGGCCGAAGCUUUGGAGGUCGCUAAAGUGGCUUCAGCGACAACUGCAGGUGAGGAAGCAAAUUGUCAUGCUGACGGUGAUCAGGAACCUUCUACGUUUUCGCACGUACAUGGCCACAACGAACAGACCAGGAAACAAGAUAAAAAGUUGUUGCGUGGUGAUGUUCGCCAAGUAGGUCGUAGUGCCAAAAGUUUAGAAAAAGAAGAACGCAAGAAGAAAAAUUCCAACAAAAUCUUUUCCAUGAAAAAGAAAUUUUUUGGAUGAACCUUCAGGAGGCGAUGAAAGAACGCCUAAUUCUUGUUGCUAUGGAGUCUUACACUCGUGACCGCGAGCUAGGAGGUGUGGGCAGAGUCAGAGUUAGAAUUCCACGACAACUAUGACAGAGCACAUGAAAAUUUAUAUAGAUGAUUACAAGCCAGUGUGGUCUUUUCGAGAACAAAGCAUCCUCUUUUUCCUGUUGGUUCUUCUUCUCACUUUGAUGAAAAUAAUCUGCAAAAAAGAUGAAAUACGUUGCGAAAAUUGUUUCGCAUAUUUGAUUUUCUUGUUGAGAUAUUAUUUUUGAACCUUUCAUCUGGAAAAAAAUGGCAGUAGUAGCUGCGUCUGCGGCGAUUCUCUUAAUAUUUUUUAGAUCUUCACGAACAUUAUGGUUCUUGCAAACACUCAUCAGAUAGUAUCGCAGUGCUGAUGAAGAUGGCGUACUUCUUACAAGGUACUACUAUUUCAGCAGAACAAACUGGUUGAUUUGGCAUCAUCCGCUAACACGACUAGUUGUAUUGUUUUUUAUAA